AUGGUUAUGGAGGACCGCUUUCUGUUUUCUGGAGAAAGCAUUCCCGGUGCAGGUGUCUCGGGCCUCGACGGGAAUAAUUGGUUUGAGGCUGGGAAAGAUCUGAGAGUUCCGGGGAUUAUUCCCCGGCCCACUAUUCCGGCCGCUUGCAGUCUCAAAGCCCUAGCCGCCCCAGGGACCCCGAGGUUGCCCGCCAGAUUUCAGGAAGCCCAGGGCUACCAGGGGACUGGCGGGACACUGGACCUCAACCAUCUCCAGAGAUCCCCGUCCUUGGCCAGCUUCGAGAUGAAUAUCCCCAUACAAGCCAGUGACGCCUGCAGUGGGACCUCUAUCUCAGGAAAACUGAAAGUGGUCCUUCACAACUAUUCCCUGUGGCUCAAGUUUUAUAGAGAACAGACUGAAAUGAUCCUUAACAAGCAGGGCAGGCGGAUGUUUCCUUUCCUGGUUUACAAGAUCUAUGGGAUGGACCCCGUUGCCCAAUACCGACUAUUUCUGGAAAUACAGCCAGUUGAUCAACACCACUGGCGUUUUCAGAAUUGCAAAUGGUCCCAGUGUGAAAGAACAGAGGACGCCAUGCCAGGGAAUCAACUGUAUAUGCACCCAGACUCUCCUAACACAGGGGCCUACUGGAUGAUGCAAGAGAUCACAUUUGAAAAACUCAAGAUGACUAACAAUAAGGAAGUUACCAAUAAUGGGAACAAGAUGAUCUUAUUGCAGUCCCUCCACAAAUACCAACCGAGGCUUGUUAUUGAGGAGGUGAGGGAUGGAGAACAUGAAAGACUAGCACCUUCCGCCUUCACCCACAGCUUCAUUUUCCCAGAAACAGAAUUCAUUGCUGUAACUGCAUAUCAAAACAGUAAGAUCUCCCAACUCAAAAUUAGUUACAAUCCCUUUGCCAAAGGCUUUAGAGAAAGCUACUAUCCUGAAGAAAGUAGGUGCCUUGCCUCAGUAGAAUCUACUGCCAUGACCACAAUCUCCCCUGAAACUGGUUCUGGUGCCUGCCUACCAGAGCUAGGAGAGGGUUCUUGUCAAGCCAAGGAGGGGGCACCAUUGAAUCCUGGGCUCUUGGGCCAGGCUGCCCAGCCACUCCUGGACCAUGCUUGUGACUCCACUCCUAGCAGCAGCAACCUUCCGUCCUUGGGCAUGAGUGGCAUGGAGCAAGGCUUUCUGCCUUGUACUUCUGCACCCACCACCCACCACAACUCCAGACAAGAUGCUGUGGCCCCUCAGAUGUACUGGCCCCUUUCUUCCUCAUCUAACUCCAAUGAGAACAGUGGGAGAUGGCUUCAGUCUGUACCCCCAGUGCCCGUGAACAUUGUCCCUAGGACUGAAGAGGAGAAUCAACUUGAAAAAGAACUCUGGAUCUAUGAUUUGACAUCACAUUCUAACAACUCUGGACUGGGUAAAGAAGGCUUGAAGAAGAGAGGCUGUAUUCUGGGUGAUGGUCCCCUCCUCAAUUUUCUCUUAGGACUUUGGGUGCUGAGGCUUCAGGUCUCUAAGGAUCCUAUGGUCUCCAUUCAUGGCAACAACAACCUCCAGCCCUUGGACACAAAUGGCAUGAAUGCUGGAGUUCCUUCCUUUGGUUCACCAACCAUGCCCUUUGGCCCCAGACAGGAUGUUGUGGACACUGCAGGGGCCUUGCCUACUUUCUCCUCAACUAACUCCAGCAUGAACAGUGGCAGCUGGCCACAGUCAGUAACCCCAGAGCCCAUGGACAUUUUCAUGGGAGCCCAGAGAAAGAUGAGUCCCAAGGAUCAGCAACUACUGGCCGAAAUUUCUGCAGAAUUUUCUCUUGACACAAGAUGGGUUGAAGACUUUGAGAGGAACUUUCUGUGA